AUGACAGUAACAGCUUCAAACAUAACAACGCCGUCUAACUGCACCAAAAAGAAUGUCGAUCAAUUGUAUUGUACAAUAGAAAUCGAUUUUUAUGAUAGGGAUACUGGAUAUUUAACAGUUCAAUCGGAAACAGCUCAUCAAGCAUUCGGUUACAAAGAAGAUUUUGCUCUACUUG